AUUUUCAUUUUUCAGUCGAACUGUCGACGAAGUAAAGUGAAAAUUUGAUAAAUUUUUCUUCCGUAAAUUUUUGGUGUUUUUUAUCGGGUGAAAAUGUCUGAAAAAAUACCAUGUUCGGAUACUGGUGGUGUUCAACCCAUGACCAUUCAAGGUCGCAUGGUUCGGGAACGUGAAAGAUGCAUUGGAAUGACUCCAGAAGAACGAGCCUGGCGAGCACAAUAUUUGAAGGAUCAAAUUUUGACCGAACGUGAACCCGUUUAUGUUAAAGAAUUACACGAACAAUUCCGGAAUCCAAUUCGUCGAUUUUAUUUGGCUCCAUUAAACAAACUUCUUUUGGAACCAUUGAUUCCACGAAUUGGCCGAGAACCAGCCACAUACAUUCGUACAAUUGUUGGUAAAGUUGGAUGUAUGAUUGCUAUCACUUAUGCUGUUGUCUACUAUUUCAAGUAUAAUGCUAACAACUGGACACAUAAGAGUGGAUGGAGAGUUAUCCAUUCGCGUAAGCGUGUUGUUCCAGGCGAUCCAGGCUUUCCACAAUUGUCUGAUAGAACAAAAUUCAGUGACUACGCUGCACGUGGAUUCAAUGAGAGCCCAAUAUAAAUGAUUCAAAUUGCGAUUUGAAUCGAACCCACUAAUCGAAUAUAUUAGAGAACAGCAACAUUUUCUUUUCACGUAGUAACUGAAUUUUAUCAAUAAAAUGUAAGAAAAAUGACAAACGUA